ACCCACUGCCUGGGCUGCCAGGCCCAUUUCACCUGGUGGUUACGCCGACAUAACUGCAGGCUGUGUGGACGUGUCUUCUGCUACUACUGUAGUAACAACUUUGUGAUGACCAAGCACAGUGGGAAGAAGGAGCGUUGCUGCAGGGAGUGUUACUCCCAGCACAGCGCCGUGGUGGAGAGGUUCACCGAGGGUGAGCUGAGCCCCUCCGAUACCCAGCCACCUCCCCCCAGUUUUGGUCCUCACUCACCCCCCGAACCAGCCCCUACAAACCCACUCCCAGGGUUAAAGUGUCGGACCCCAGCGCCAAGUCUGAUGACGCGGCCUAUGACAUCAUCACGCAGGAGGAAGUGAACGGGACCUACGACAGCGACUCACUGUCCCAAACAACAGGCGGUUCACUGGAGGGAGAACAGGAUGCGCGGCAACUGGGGGCGCU